AUAUAAGGCUGCCUCUUCGGCACAGCAGUGGGAGUGAGGCUUCUUUCAAAUCAGAGGGGUUGGCAGGAAAUUCCGGGUAGAUAUGCCUGGUUCAGGCAGUGCCUUCAUCCCUACCAUCAACGCCAUCACGACCAGCCAGGACCUGCAGUGGAUGGUGCAGCCCACAGUGAUCACCUCCAUGUCCAACCCGUACUCCCGCUCACACCCCUACAGCCCCCUGCCAGGCCUGGCCUCUGUCCCUGGGCACAUGGCCCUCCCGAGACCUGGUGUGAUCAAGACCAUUGGUACCACCGUGGGGCGCAGGAGGAGAGAUGAGCAGCUGUCUCCUGAGGAGGAGGAGAAGCGUCGAAUCCGGAGGGAGAGGAACAAGUUGGCUGCGGCCAAGUGCCGGAACCGCCGCAGGGAGCUGACAGAGAAGCUGCAGGCGGAGACAGAGGAGCUGGAGGAGGAGAAAUCGGGCCUGCAGAAGGAGAUUGCCGAGCUGCAAAAGGAGAAGGAGAAGCUAGAGUUCAUGCUGGUGGCCCAUGGGCCCGUGUGCAAGAUUAGCCCCGAGGAGCGCCGUUCACCCCCGGCCCCUGGGCUGCAGCCCCUACGUGGUGGGGCUGGUGGAGUGGGCGCUGUGGUGGUAAAACAGGAGCCUAUGGAAGAGGACAGCCCCUCGUCCUCAUCAGUAGGGCUGGACAAGGCCCAGCGCUCCGUCAUCAAGCCCAUCAGCAUCGCAGGGGGCUUCUACGGGGAGGAACCUCUCCACACUCCCAUUGUGGUGACCUCCACACCUGCCAUCACACCAGGCACCUCGAACCUCGUCUUCACCUACCCCAGUGUCCUGGAGCAGGAGUCGCCCGCAUCACCCUCUGAGUCCUGCUCCAAAGCUCACCGCAGAAGCAGUAGCAGUGGGGACCAGUCGUCGGACUCCUUGAACUCCCCAACUCUGCUGGCUCUGUAACACAGUGGACUUCUUCCCAGCUCCGGAGGGGGCCCCAUCACUGCCUCCUUCCCAGGGACCAGCACCUUUCAGCACUCCAGGGCCAUGAGGGCAACAGGGGAAGCCUGCCAGAGAGCUUCCUGGCUCUGGGGAGACCCAAGUGGGAUUUGGCGGUGAGGUGUUAGAGGACCUUGGGAUGAUCUCUUGGAAGUCAUGGGACCUCCACCCUCAUUCGUCUUACAAGCGAAUCCUGUUUCUUGAAAAGCCUUGGAGAACUUGAUUUGGUGGACUCAUACAUCUCUCUGGCUUCUGAAGAGCCUAAAGCUGGUCUGGACCAUUCCUGUCCCUUUAUUAUAACAUUGUCUCUGGAGUGAUGGUGUCCUUCCCCACCCCCACCCAGCAUGCUCAGUGCCUUUUGGUUUCACCUUCCUUCUAUGGUCCCUUCCUUCUUCUAGUGUCAAUUUCACUCCUUCUUGGUUUUUAUCCAAUUUGCCAUGACAUUUCAUCUAGGUGGUCUGAAUAUUAAAGCUCUUCAUUUCUGGAGAUGAGGCAGCAGGUGACUCUUCUGCGGGGACUGACUGCUCCAGAGGGGACAGUCAAUGUGCAAUACAGAACCUUCCCUACCCUAACACUCCCCGGUCCACCACCAUCUCCAGAACCACCAACAGGGCUCCCUGAGCUCACACAGAGAUGCUGCCAUCACAUGGAGGCUUCGAGGACCCUUCCUUCCUGUCCUCAGAGACGGUUCUUCGCGGAGUGACUUGGCCAGAAGACAGGGUGUGAGUGAGUGAGACAGCCAGGGCACAGAUUUGCCAAACGCCUAAUUACCAGGCCAGGAGUAGUGCCAACAAAGCUACACGGUGUGCUAGCCAGCUUUCCUCCACUCCGUGUGUCUCGAGCUGAGCAGGGCGUCUCCUGUAAUUACUGCCUGGCCAUUCUGCCCCUGGACCCUUCCCUCCAGACCAGGCAGGCGCCCCUCCCUAGGAACCACACAUCACUCCCAAGUCCUUGCCUUUCCCCUUCCCUGGCUUUCAGGGUGACGCCACCCACGGAGAUUUAAUGAGCGUGGGCCUAGACCCUCCUCAGAUUGCUGCCAGGAGGCCCCUCCCCAAGCCUCAAAGAAGCAUUUGGUGUGGAUGGAAAAGCAGGGAGGGAAGAGAGAGGCAGGUGUCUGGAUUGGUGUUUGCUGCAGCCUGCACCUGGCUUUCCCUGCCCUGGCUGUUCCCUGGUUUCUGUGAGGCACUGGGCCCUUUCUCCCUUCUCUGGUCAUCUGAUACCUGAUGGAUCCAGUGCUGUCUCUUUUUUGCUACCCCUUC